AUGACGGUAGACGAAAAGAUACCAAUCUGGUUGGACUGCGAUCCAGGAAACGAUGAUGUAUUUGCAAUCUUAUUGGCAUCGCUACACCCGUCAUUUAAAAUCUUAGGAAUAAGCACUGUUCACGGAAACGUGUCGCUAGAUCAUACGACACAUAAUGCAUUAGCAGUACUACAGAUGUUUGGUUUUAAGCAAGAUGAAAUAAAGGUUUAUAGAGGUUCUAACGAGCCUUUGGUGGUGCCAAAUAGAUUUGCGACAAAUGUGCAUGGGAGAGCUGGCAUAGGAGGCAUUGAUGUGUUGAAAGAAACAAUUCUUACUGAGUCUACGGAUAUGAGCUAUUUGAAAGCCAUUCGUGAGGCUAUCUUGGACAACGAGAAUAAAAUAUGUAUCGCUUGUACGGGUCCACUCACAAAUUUAUCUAAGCUUCUUUCUGCAUAUCCCGAAUUGAAAAGUAAGAUUAGAUAUAUUACCAUUAUGGGUGGUGCUAUUAACUUAGGAAACAUCACUCCAUACUCAGAGUUCAAUUUCUAUGGUGAUCCCCAAGCAGCACAUAACAUCGUGACCGAUGAAGAGGUGUGCGGAAAAGUGUUUCUUGCUCCGUUGAACUUAACUCACCAAGCAGUGGCUGAUGAUAAAGUUAUGAAUGAAAUAUACAAUAAGGACCACAAUACGGAACUUAGAAAAAAUCUCAAUAGCAUUUUGGCGUUUUUUGGAGAAGUCUACAAAUCAAGAGGUUUUUCUGGCGCACCGAUUCAUGAUCCAGUCGCCAUUUACGCUUUAAUUCCUUUGAUAAACAGAAAUAAGAGAAAUACUUGCUUCAGAUAUCUUAGACGCAAAUUAGAUGUGAUUUUGGAAGGAAAAAGGGAAGGAGAAAGUAUCAUCAUCAACGAUACCUAUGAUAAAUCCUUAGAAGAAGCGAACGGAACUUAUGUGGGCACCGAAAUAGACAUUAAAAAUUUUUGGGCUGAUGUCUCAGAGGCUAUAAAAAAUGCUGAAAAAAAUAUACUAAGAGCUGAAUGA